AUAGACAUUGGCCGACCUCCCCGGUCUGGCGCUGCUGAUAAUCGCCAUGCUCGCAACUUGCUUUUGCCAUUGCUAGACUCCUCGCCUGCGACCACCGACGACUGACGCAGACAUCGACGCGGACCAUGGCUUCCAAGCCUACUUGACCCGAGCCCUGCCACCAUACCCCUCGACUAAUCCUCACCACCCCUCCCCCAUUGUCGGCUUAGGCACGCUGCAACGGGGCCUACCAUGGUGGGUAUGCCCGACCAUCUCCACAGCUCCGUUCCCACGACGACGACGACGACGACUGCGACUGCGACUGCGACUGCGACUGCGACUGCGACUACGACUGCGACUGCGACGACCAGGACCAAGACGACGGGGCUGCCAGGCGCUCAGGGCAGAGCAAAGGCAGUCGCCUUCACUGCCAAUGACGCCACCACCCAGCCAGGUCGGGCGGCAUAUCAACAACGUGCCCUCGCGGCCUCUAUAAGCUCGGAAGACUCGGGCGACGAUGACCUCCUGCACACGUUGCUCUCGGCCUCUUCCAUUGUCAACACCGACGCCCUCUCGUCCUCGGGUCACUCGACGGCCAUGACCUCGGCCACCACUUAUGACGACCGACCCAGCCCUGAGACGCCACCCACAACCCUACCGUGUGCUCACCCUACCCUCUCACUCCUCGAACUCGUCUCCAACACAGCAUCGUCUUCUGCCCUGCCCGACAGCUUUGACGUCAACGUCUCGCGCAAGGGCGGAUUCGUGGCCGUCUACUCUGCCUCGAAUCUGUUUCUGAUAAAGACUCUUGAGCUGCCACGAUUGUGGGCCCGGACGCUGCAAGUCAAACGCAAGCCCAUUGCCAUUGACAUUACCGAAGAUGGCUUCCUCCUGUCGGUCCUGUCGCGACCCUCCCAAGUCGACCUCUACGAGAUACAUGGCGAGGGAACCGACCAGAUCAAGAAGAGGCGGACCAUCAUGCUGGUACACGAGGCUAGCUCCAUUGUCGUCUCCCCAGAUGCACGCAUACUCAUAACGGGGAAUAAAUUCGGCAUCGAAGUUAUAGCUAUUGGUCCUGAAGUACCUGAAACUCUGCGACGUACGCUCUCGGGACCUGCAGGGGAUGCGCUGGAAUUCUCAGAUGAUGGGAGGACUCUGCUCAUCACGGGAUAUGCGAGAAAGUCGGAUGGGUCUGCCUUGUUUGUUCUGCCUGGCUUGUACGACGGGCCCCUCACCGAGGAGGGGGAGCCAAUACCACAACCACCCGAAGCCGCAUGGACGGGCUCGGUCCUGUUUCCAGAGACAGCAAGGAUAGCGCGUCAGGCUACACUUCUUCCAGACGCGGACACUGGCACAUUUAACGAACUGUUUGCCUUUAACGCCGAAGAGGAUUCUUGGGGCAUCUACGACAUUGCCUGCCAGCGCUUCACACAGAGGAAAAUGUUUCUUCCCGACCACCAACGUUGGACGCGUUCGGAAUUUGUCGACGACGCCAUGCCUGCGGUAUCACCCAAUGCUGACCUCGCAGCUGUCGCUCUACGCAUCCAGGGCACGACCAAUAUAUGGAUCUACCAAGUCCCCGGCUGGGAAUACCAACCCAAGGAAAAGUCGAAACAGGAAGCUCCGAUUCAGCCCUGCUUUUGUAUCCCGAUACCCAAUGGCGAUGCGGGGACGUUGCAAGAGAUUUGCGUGCUGAGAUGGGUCAGGCUGAACGCCAAUGUCCAACGACUCGUGGCUGUUGGAAAUUCGAGCACAGUGCCUGACGAGAACGAGGUCCUUGGCGCGUCUUUGGGAUCAAACGGAGUACUUAUUGUUCUCGAUUUCGACAAGACGAAACCUCUUGGAAGUGUUCCGCCAACACCACUGAAGACAGAGUAUGACCUCGAUCCGCUGUGUCCUGGGGAGAUGCUACCAGAGGGGUCGAUUGACUUUGACCGCGAGGUUGAAUUGGUACGGACCAGAACCAUUGCCCAACGUAGGGCUCAGGACCGCAGCGAAUCGGUAUCGCGGAGAAACUCGAGAAUUGGAUCCACGCCUAUACAACGUGCAAAUACUUCUGCUGCGAAUCAGAACGCGCCGCGGCCGGUAAUAAUAACCGACGAGUCUGAAGAGUUGACGCCAGAGGAGGCACAGGCUCUGUUUGAAAUUCCAUAUGACAACCAGCAGCCGAGGUCGCAGAUGUCGCUAGCUAGAGCUGCUACUGUGGCUGCCGUAUCUCCUGCCAACCGACGGCAUCUACGGUCCUUGCCGUAUAGGCCCCUGGAGUACCGUCGUGCAGAUGGACACCGAGAGUUACCUCACGAGAGUGACGCGGAUAAUUGGGUGCCACCACCACCAGCAUACACAGCUACAGCGGCGGCGGCACAAAGCGUUAGCUUGAGCCAUCCUGAUGCGCCUCCAGUGCCACGAGCGCCUAGUGUACUGUCAUCGUCCUCCAUGCCUCCCGCCUCCACAUUACCGAAUACGUCUGUACGCAUUUCACAGGUGCCUAUGCAUCUGUACCAGCAACGCCAGCAAUCCAUCUUGAGUAACACAUCCUUUGCCCCAGACCAGGAAAGAGGCCGCAGACCAACUCUCAUCCAUCCAUCUACGUAUCCUGCACCGCACCCCUCGGACCCAAUGCAAAGUCGACGGAGUUCGUCAGUACGCCCCUCAGCAGGUCAAGUGCCAUACUCCGCACAUCCGGCGCCUUCGACAUCCACAUACAGGUCUCCUCACCAAACUCCAGUAAGGAAUCCGGUCUCAGAACACGUCAACCGCGAUCUCUACUCGCCUCCUUCGGUAUCAUCAUCCGACCCAGCAAACACAGGCUCCCGCCGCGUCUCCGCACCACACAUACAACGCCGGCCUGUUCCACAAAAUGCUUCUGUUCCUGCUCCCUACUCCAAUUUUUCUCCAUCAGCAUUGAGACCAAGCGUAGACCCAAGAAUGGCCGCUCUGCCACCGCUAAUACCGCCGACAACUCCCCACCAGCGGUUCGCGUCUCCCCACCAACUCCCCACCAGCGCGCCCCCGCUUGCCAACCAUGCAGCCAGUUUCUCACACCGAGCCGCAGUAGCGCAGACGCGAGGACAGUCGCUGAGUGCACGGGGUGGUGGCUCGAGAAUGGACACUCGUCAAAAUGCAGAUUCAGAAGGAAGAGAUAACGGAAAGAAGGCAAAGAGGAGGACGCAUUGUGUCAUUAUGUGAUAAGUUUUAGAGGGUGCGCGAUGGGGAGUAGAUGUAUAUAUCGAGGUUUUGCAAAGUGAAGGAGGCAUGCAAGUAAAGUAUCAUGACUGAUGGAUAGAACGGUUUUUUAUUUUCGGUUGUUUAUGUAUAUACCCAUAUCUUGAGCUCUUGUUUUCUUCUUUUUUUUUGCUGCAUUGCUUUGUUGUUAGAUGGGAUGAUAGUUAUGCAUUGUUUGGCGUGGGGGGUGGAGUGCAUUGGGCGUGAUAGAGGAGAUGUGUUACAGCGCAUGACUAAGUACCCUGUGUGGUGUGCUUACUCGACGACGGAAUGGAGUGAGAGAGAGAGAGAGAGAGAGAGAGAGAGAAUUUAUACGUUAGAUACCCUUUAUUCCCAUUUUGUGGGAAAGUAGAAUACAUGCAUUUUUCUGGGGGAGAUCAACAACG